GAACGGUGUCGUUUCUGGCUCGCCUAAGUUCUCUGUUCGACUUCGACCUUCUUCCCCGAGGAAUCCCACGAUCCCAGGCUACGAUUUCUCCAGCAGUGACCCUUUAUAUAAAUCCUUGUCCUAAUAUAUCUUUAUUUUCUUUCUGCUUCCCUUCAAUUUUUUUCUCUUCUGAACUUUCUGUCUUCAUUUCUUCCCUUCUCGUUACUCAAAAGUAGCCAUGUCUACUGAAUCAGCCAGCGCAAUUCACAGAAACCAAGUUGAUUUAUUGGACUUCAUUGACUGGUCUGGAGUUGAAUGCCUCAACCAAAGCUCCAGUCACUCUCUCGCUAAUGCUCUUAAGCAGGUAAUUUCAAACAAAUUCAUGAUUUCAUGUCAAAUUUUCUUAUCUGUUCUUUUUGGUUCUUUUAUUUUUUGGAUUGCUUUUAUCAUGUCCUUUUGCUCUCUGUCUCACUUAAUUAUUUUGAUCAGCUUACCAAUAUUCAUUGAAGACAAUCAAUCUGGUUCAGAUGUCACAAAGGUUCAUAAGAUUGCCCUGCAUGGAACCACAGUGGAAACGACAGACAUGAAGGGCUUGAAGAAGAUCGAGGAUCAUUGACACUAAGAAAAGCUAAAAGGCAGGAGGGGGGACGAGGAAAUUGAUGAGAGCUCAAAUGGUGGGUUAUAGCUCGAACGAGUGUUAGUUGUCACAUUUUUUUCAUUUCCUGGGUUUUGAUCAAUUUGACAAUAUGGAGAAGUACAGUUUGGUGGAUGAAAAAUCAUAUGGCUUUCUUUGUCAGUCAGUGAUAAUAUCAUUCAGAAAUGACCCUUGAAUUCUUCUGUCA